UAUGUCUGGUGAUUUCCUAAGAGAAGACACAAGCCUCUGUGCAAUCUCCUCCAUGUGAACAAGACGUACAUAGCCACAGCUCUGUGAAGGACAUCCAGUGAGAACAACUAUGAGGAACAAACGAUGGCUCCAGAAUAUUUUCCUCUGCCUUUUAUUCCAGUACACCAUGUGUUGUGACAGCCUCACUUGUUUUGUGGACUACGUACAGACCCUGUCCUGCAUCCUGCAAGAUGAAUUGGGUGCUGGUUCAUACACUCUCACUGCAACAUGGGUUUCUGAGGAAGAUCCAGAAAAUACUGUGGCUGCCUGCAGUCUCCUGCAAUUGUCAAGGAAUACCAGUCACACACAAUACAUGUGCACUGUGGACAUGACUGAAUUCCUGGCAGAUACCAAAGUCCAGGUGAAUGUUACAGAGACAGCUGACAGGCAACACGUGCUUUCCAAAGACUUUUAUUUGUCAGACAACAUAAAACCACAGCCUCCAUUCAACCUGACCGCUUCGUUCUCAGAGGGUUACAAUAUUUCUUGGGAAACCAUCUACCAGAACUCUUCCUUCUACUUUUUGAAUGAGGAGCUGGAAUAUCAGCUGCGUUACAAAAGAAGAACUGACACCUGGGAGGCUCAGAAGAUUAAAGCUGUUCAUGAAGAUAAACGGACAUUGCUGAUCCUGCCAUGGGAACUGCAGGCAAACACUGAGUACGAGUUCCAAGUGAGAGCUAGACCCCGGGAAGGCUCUGACUAUGGUGGCUUUUGGAGUGAAUGGAGCUCUCCACUGUCAUUGAAAACCAGCCCUGCAGCAGUGAUGCAGACAGCAGGCAUGGAAUGGCUGUUACUGUUUGGUAUUGUCGUGGCAAUCAUGGCCUCAAUCGCAACAUUUCUGGCCAAACAGCAGAGCUUGUGGAAGAAGAUGGCUUGCAUCCCAGACCCGGCUCCCUUUUUCAAACCUCUUUACAUGGCUCAUAAUGGAGAUUUUAAGAAGUGGCUUGGUGCAUCCCAUAUGAAAAUGACCUUUGAUUUCUUUGAAUGGGGAAUAGUCCUUCCAGAAGUCCUAGAAGUUUACACCAUGCAUCCUUCCAACAGCACCCCACAGGAAGAGCUGCAUGAGCUGAGAAAGAAUCUGCCUUGCAAGCCCUGUGUGUCUUGCCUGACUGCCCCAGGACAGGGCAGCCAGUCCCUGUGGUGUCGUGUAAACAGCAGUGGUGGGACUGAGGACCAGUCAUAUGGGCACUUGUCAAUCGAUACAGUGACUGUGGCUGAUGAAUUUACAUCUUGUAACUGCCAGUGCAGCUGUAACCAUCUGUACAGGGAACAUGAGCAUACCAACAAGGAAGAUGAUAGUGCUGGAGAGCCUGGUUACCCCAAGGUUAACAUUGAUGAGGAAGACAGAAAGACAUGCAGUGACUUGCACUUGGCUGAUCUGAGUGCACAGGACAAAAUACUUGCUUCUGGCUCUGUGUCCACAGAUCACUUGAGGAGCACAAGUGUCCCAGUCAACCAGCAAGGAGAAAGGGGAGUGGAAGGAGGGGUGGGGAGCAUCCUAGAAGCCCUUUGUUUGCAGCCUUAUCAGUGGGAUUUGGAAAAUCCAGGUUCUCUACCCUCUCCUGAUGGUGAAAGUGUUUCUUACAGUGAAGGCUCCUAUGACUUCUUCCCUCACAAUAUAAGGCCUGGUGACAGUUGUCCUUUGAUCUGUGUAGAUUUGGACACUAUUGACAGUGGCUUUGUGGACUCAGACUGUGGAAGUCCAGUUGACUCUGAAUUUGGGCAAAACAGUCAGACCGUUUGUGGACCCAUCCCUCUUGAGCAGGAGGGGCAAGACUUUCCACGAAGCUACGUCAAGCAGUGGGUCUCCUGUCGCUCUGAGAGCCCUGUCAGUGGGACACAGACAAACUAAGGACUUUGAUGUUGCCUGGAUGAGUGUGGGGCCUUUUCCAUAGUGUGUCAGGAGCAAAGUGUUAGCAA